CGGGACCGGCCUGCCUCGCGGCCGAGGGCGGCGGGGGCGCGGCGGCGGGACUGCGGCGGCGCGGACGCUCGGCAUGGCGCGCCUGGUGCUCGGCCUGGUGAGCUGCACCCUCUUCCUCGCGGCGAGUGGGCUGUACUCCUCUAGCGAUGACGUCACCGAGCUGACGCCGUCAAACUUCAACCAGGAAGUUAUCCAGAGUAACAGCUUGUGGCUCGUGGAGUUCUUCGCUCCGUGGUGUGGCCACUGCCAACGGUUAACACCAGAAUGGAAGAAAGUAGCAACUGCAUUAAAAGGGGUGGUGCGCGUGGGCGCGGUGGACGCCGACAAGCAUCAGUCCCUCGGCGGUCAGUACGGGGUGCAGGGAUUCCCCACCAUCAAGAUUUUUGGGUCCAACAAGAACAGACCGGAAGAUUACCAAGGCGGCAGGACUGCGGACGCCAUCGUGGAUGCCGCUCUCAGUGCCCUGCGCCAGCUCGUCAAGGACCGCCUCGGGGGCAGGGGCUACAGUUCUGGGAAGCAGGGUCGAAGUGAAAGUUCAAGUAAGAAAGAUGUGAUCGAGCUGACAGAUGACAGCUUUGACAAGAACGUUCUGGACAGUGAAGACGUUUGGAUGGUUGAGUUUUACGCCCCCUGGUGUGGACACUGCAAAAACCUCGAGCCAGAAUGGGCUGCGGCGGCUACGGAGGUGAAAGAGCAAACGAAAGGCAAGGUGAAGCUCGCGGCGGUGGACGCCACGGCCAACCAGAUGCUGGCCGGCCGGUACGGGAUUAGGGGAUUUCCUACGAUCAAGAUAUUCCAGAAAGGCGAGUCUCCUGUGGACUACGACGGGGGGCGGACCAGAUCUGACAUCGUCUCCCGGGCCAUGGACCUGUUUUCCGAUAACGCUCCGCCUCCGGAGCUGCUCGAGAUCAUCGGUGAGGACGUCGCCAAGAAGACGUGUGAGGAGCACCAGCUCUGCGUGGUGGCCGUCCUGCCCCACAUUCUGGACACGGGAGCUGCAGGCAGGAACUCUUACUUGGAAGUUCUCCUGAAGCUGGCAGACAAGUACAAGAAGAAGAUGUGGGGGUGGCUGUGGACGGAGGCCGGCGCGCAGUCGGAGCUGGAGAACGCGCUGGGGAUCGGGGGCUUUGGCUACCCCGCCAUGGCGGCCAUCAACGCACGCAAGAUGAAGUUCGCUCUCCUGAAAGGCUCUUUCAGCGAGCAGGGCAUUAACGAGUUUCUCAGGGAGCUCUCCUUUGGGCGAGGAUCCACGGCGCCGGUAGGAGGCGGGGCUUUCCCCGCCAUCAGCACCAGAGAGCCCUGGGACGGCAAGGAUGGCGAGCUUCCUGUGGAAGACGACAUCGACCUCAGCGACGUGGAGCUGGACGACCUGGGGAAGGACGAGUUGUGAGGCGGCGGCUGCGGUGCUUUCCUGGGAGCGGGUGUUGCCGGCGGUGGAGGAACGUCCCUGCCAUCAGACCAGCCACCGGGCUUGUCACCAGGAAGUGGCACUGAUUGGUCAUUGGGAAACUCUGCUACAAGGACCUUCUGCGUCUCAAGAAAACAACGGAAAAUUCUAUGAAUUGUAGCCAGCGGACCGGUGGUGUUCUGUCACGUACUGUUUUGAAGGAAACUGCUGGGCUGUUGACACACUUUCCCCUCUGACUGCUGGGUGUUCUCGGAGGCUGUUUCUUAUGUCAGUUUUUUAAUGUGAUUCUUUCAUUUGAAUAUUAAUGGCUUUUCCAUGAAAGAAUAAAAUAUUUUGGACAAUGCCAA